AUGACCCAAGAACAAUCAAACAUUGACGAUGCUUUUACGGCCACCUAUGCCGUCCCAAUGCACUGCAUGGGUUGCUUCAACUCUGUCAAGGACGCUGUUUCCGUACUUCCUGGCUUUGCCUCCAUUUCCCCAGAUCUCCAAAACCAGAUCGUCACGAUCACAGGUUCCACUGCACCCUCAGCUGUCGUCCGUUCCAUCCAGGCGAUUGGCAAGGACGCCAUUGUCCGCGGUACUGGCGCACCUAACUCUGCCGCCGUCGCUAUUCUUGAAGUUUUCCGUAAAAACGUUGCCUUUUCUUCUGCUCACUCUGUCAAGGGCUUGGCUCGUAUUAUCUCAGUCAGCCCUACAAAGUCUCUUUUUGACAUCACCCUGAGCGGAGUCCCCGCAGGCACUUAUUACACAUCUAUUCGCACUGGCGGCUGCCUUGUCGAUGGCGCUCAGUCGGCAGGUGGUGAGUACCAGGAACUCGGUUCCAUUGUUGUUGAAGACAAUUGUGCCCAGCCUGGAGCCCCUCCAGCCCCAUUAGACGGUGAGAUCCCAAAUACUUUUGGCCAAUCUUAUGUCACUAGAAACAUUAAGAUUUCUGACAUCAUCGGCCGCUCCAUUGCUGUCAGUAAAACCCCGGUCCCUGAUGAGGACUCCGUCAUUGGCGUCAUUGCUCGCAGCGCUGGUGUCUGGCAAAACGACAAGACUGUCUGCAGCUGCUCCGGAAAGACUGUCUGGGAAGAACGCAAGGAUGCUGUUGUUAAGGGUGUCCUGUAG